AAUCAUCCGGUGAUCAGUGACAAACCUGUGCGAUUUCCUGUGACCGCAAGUCUUCUGGAAGGUAUAAGAACCCAAAGCACCCGUUGCCGAUGUUUGUAUGGAGCCAUCUACCACCGCCCAGGCAUUCGAUAUCUUAGUUGUGCGAUCAAGUAAGAUUGUCAACAUGAAAAUCCUUUUUCCUCUGAUUCUUUUCUCGGCCAUUGUCACCGCGGCAACCACCCAGCCCCUGGCAAAGCUCACACGCGACUUGAAUAGCCGUGCUGUGUAUCCUCAAGAUGGCCAAGUCUGUUGCAGGACUGAUGGAAAAAACUGCGUAAGCUUACCUCCCGUACACGGGACACCCUAGUUACUUCGAUUAUGCCAGCUAACCAACUAU